UCUAACUUCAAAUCUUAGGAAACCGUGGCACUUACGUAAGAAGUUAAUCAAAUACGAUCAUUUGUUUUUUGCAGCUGCGGAUUAAUCGAACAGCCGAGACAGUUUCAUUCAAGUGAAUAAUUGUCGCUGUGGCAAAAAUCUUUUUUAUUACCAGGGGCGUGGUGAAUAGACAGGCAUUAGUAGUAGCGUUCAAUGAAAUUUGGGAAUUGCGUCCGUAUCCAAGACAAGGAGAUGGGUUCGGAAGGACCAAAGGCUGUAACUAUUCACGUAACUGGAUUUAAGAAGUUUCAAGGGGUUUCUGAAAAUCCAACAGAAACUAUAGUUAAUAACCUGAUGAGUUUUGUUCAAAGGAAGGGGUUGUUGCCUGCUGGUGUUACUCUUGGGAGUUGCACUGUUCUUGAGUCUGCAGGCAAUGGUGCUCUUUCCGUGCUUUACAAGGUCUUGGAAUCAGGCAUCUCAGGAAUUGACACGAAGAAUGAACAAGUUAUAUGGCUUCACUUGGGGGUUAACAGUGGAGCAGAGGAAUUUGCCCUUGAACAGCAGGCUGUAAAUGAAGCCACUUUCUGUUGUCCGGAUGAGCUAGGGUGGCAACCUCAGCAACUCCCAAUUGUCGCAGAGGAUGGAGAAACUUCCCGUAAAAGAGAGACAACUUGUUCCAUUGAAGCGAUCCUCAAGUUUUUAAAGAACAAGGGCUAUGAUGUGACAAUAUCCAAUGAUGCAGGCCGUUUCGUAUGCAAUUAUGUCUAUUAUCACUCUCUGAGGUUUGCAGAACAGAAGGGUCUCAAAUCUCUAUUUGUUCAUGUUCCCCUCUUCUCGAGAAUUAAUGAAGAGACACAGAUGCAAUUUUUAGCUUCCCUUAUGGAGGCCUUUGUUUCAGCCUGCUAACAUUAAGUGAUUUGUAUCGUUUAUUCACAUUAUUAUUUCUGUCUGCUGGUGUGUGCAUGCCUCAAUUUACAACCCGAACAAUGCUUGCUUUCUGUGAGGGAAACGAUUGUGCUAUAUUUUUGUAAACUAUUCUCUUUUAUCCUACCUUUAGUGACACAACGGAUGAGACUUUAAAUUUCC